GUCUAGCUAUUAAAGCCCUUCGCACAAUUAUAAAAGUAGGAAUGCUAAGCCAUACUUUAUGCAGAUCUUCAGAACCAAGGUUUGCUAAUUUAAGUCAGCAGAAGAUGAGUCAUCUGGAAAAAGACUAUAAACAUUUGUCCCCUAGGAAUCCUAUUGAAGCUCUCAGACAUUGGCAACCUCCUUAUCACAGUGAUUUAAGCUGCCCAAUCUGCCUCCAGACAGCUACUUUCCCAGUAGAAACCAAUUGUGGACAUUUAUUUUGUGGUUCCUGUCUAAUUACAUACUGGAAACAUGGUUCCUGGUUAGGAGCAAUAAAUUGUCCUCUCUGCAGACAAAAAGUGAUUCUUCUGUGUAAUGCCUCUUGUGAAAAUCAACAAGAUAAGCCAAGCAAGCGGAUUGUACGUGACAUCAGAGAUUACAACAAGCGUUUCUCUGGACAACCUCGACCUUUUGCAGAUUACCUUUAUGACCUGCCGCUACUCCUAAAUCUUGCCUUAAGAGGAAUCUUCACGCUGGGCGGUCUCGUAUGGAUCUUCUUCCUAAGAAUUGUUGUUUGCUCCUUUGGGACCAUCAUGUGCUUAACUUCCCGAUUUGACGUGAUGCAUGAAUCUCUUUGUGGAAUCCUCGCAGCAGUCGAUGACCUAGUUGUCGUUUUCCUCCUUUUAAUUUGCAUGUUUAACAUUUGCCAGCAAAUGGAAUCAGAAGGUAUAAAUAUGGCAAGUUCUACAACUCAGACCAUGCUGUCGGAAUCCUGAUAGACUCAAACUUCUACUUCUUCGUGAGCCUUCAUCAGCUUGUGUCAGGCUUCUCCAUGACUCUGGGGGCAGCAUGCGAUGGACUGAUUUUUGAAGAACGUUCUAACAUUGACCUAUAGUGGAGCGAGACUCAGUACACUUGCCAUGGCCAAGUGAUUAAUUUGUGCAAAUGCUCACAAGCCUAGGUUAUUCAUACAGCGAUGUAUUUACUAGAUUUCUGCAAGGUGAAGCAGCCUUUUAUGUGACUUCCCUUAACAUACAAGACCUGAAAUGACAUUGUCUGGGAGCUAUGUGUAACCCCCACACUUGCUGGGUGUGGUGCUCUGUCCCAUGCAGUGGCACCAAGACCACUUAGAGAGAGACUAAUGAGUCUGCGCUACAUCCUUAGCUAAGAGCCAUAUGGCUUUUAACUCAUGCACUAGAGGCUCAUGCACUGAGCUUCUGAGGUUUGAUCCCGCCCACCAGCGACCGGGGUCUGUUGGCGUUACAUAUGCACAAAGCCUAAAAUUGCAAAGCCAGUCACUUUAUACCUGAACAUUUUUCAGGAAACCACUUUACAUCUAACUAGUUGCAUCUCAGUUCUGGUUUACUAAAUUUAAUUUCGAGACCCUAGAGAGUCUUAUUACUGUAGAACUUUCUAAGACGCUACAAGUGUGGCAUGGGAAUAAAAUGUCAACUACAUGGUUCCUCUAAGAGGUUGUCUGUAGGUGCUUUGUGCCACCAAAGUUUAUUACGAUACGCUGAUCCAUCAGGCUACAAACUUUCCCAGGUAUCUGUUUAACUAUUGUAAUCUUGAUGUUAAAACAGACAAUAUGAAUACGUUCAUAAUACUAGCUUGAGUUAAAAUACAAAAUGAAAUAAAAGUACUCUAGGGAGAGUGAAAUAAAAAGGGAUUGAAAGGAUUAUGCAAGGAAUCUGAACAAAUCUUUAUCCAACUCUCAAAUAUAUGAACACAAGGUACAUUUUUUAGCAGCUUCCUUAAGCUCUGUGCAUCUGAGUUUUAACAAAGUCAGCAUUGUUGUUUGUUUCCUGUAAACUUUGUAUGCUCCCUGUAGUUUCCUUGUAAGUUCCUGUACUAGUUCAGCAAAAAACAUUAAGGCCAAAUUUAUGAUGAUGAUAUAAAUAGUAGGAAGCCCAUGACAGUCUUGUUGUUUUUUUUGGCAAGUAGUUAAAAUUAUUGGGAUACUGCAAGAAAACACUGCAUUCUGUACAUAGAUAAUUUGUGAUGUGUAUUGAAAAUAACAGAACUACUCUUCACAUAUUACAUGUGUGUAUGUAUAAAUAUAUGAAUAUUUAUUGUUUACAAUAUAUUGGUCUCUAACAGUCAUGUUUGUGGGAUUUUUUUUUGGGUGACAUUUUCAAUUGACAUAACUUUUAUCAUCCUCUUGAAGUUCAUGCUAUACUAUACCAAUAUUGAACCCCACUUUUCCCUGUUAUUUACUGUGCUAUGUCCCCCCCCCCACGUUAUACCCUUCAACUGUCAUUGGUUUUAAUUAUGAACUCAGAAAGCAUAGAUAGAGAACUCUUUCCUCAUACUAGGUACUACGGAGAGGGCAGCAACUGCUUUUCCAUGAGUUGCAAGGCAGGAAAUAUAUUGUGUCUUUUCUUUAAAAAAAAAAAAAAAGUUGCCAGAUGUUUUUGAGCACUGACUACUAACAUUGAUUUGGUUUCAGAAACUGGCUGUUAUUUUUAAGGUACCCUGAGUAUAAUUUUGUCGUCAGGUGACUCCUGUUUGCACUUAACUUGGAGUUGCAGUCUAUGCUAUUACUAAAGAAUGGAAUUUGUAUUAAGCCAAGUGCAUAAAGUUGGGGUCACAUUUCAUAUAAAUGUACUAUAGUUAUUGCUGUUGUAUAGUAAGGGCUCAGUGUGAGAGUGGCCGAAGAAUAGGCUGGGAGUUUCGGAGUUAAAAAUGUUGUCAUUGGUGAUCUAGAAUAGAGUCACAAUUAGUUUGCAUGGUCGGUUGUGUGCUUUUUAAGGCUGCUAAGAUACCUCUCUCUCUCUAACUCCACCUUUGUUCCCCUUUCAUGGUGAAUGCUGUCGCCUUUGCUUUUUAAACAGGGUUAAAACCCUAACUUGCCAGGCAAUAACAAUACACAAAUCAUGGAUAAGUAACAGAAUGUUUCUCCUGUGAGACUUAGUGAAGUCAUUGGGGGUGCUCAGAUUCUUGCAGGAUUGGGGCCUCAUAUCUUACAAGGGAGCCCUGUUUCUCUUUGGUUUGCAAUACACAGCAUGGGAAGUCUUUUGUGCAGGCACAAACGCAGGACAGGGAGAAGCCAACUUGUGCCUCUCCUGCACUUAUAUAUUGGGGCUCCAUGCUCAACACUCUCAGUUUCAUGUCUCCUGCGUCACCAGACACAGACCCUGUCUAUGAUGCGAGGAUGGGACCAGCUUCAUCUGGACAGCUUCACUGGUGGCUAUACGAGAAGCAGCCAGCAGGAUGUUUUAUUAGCAUCUGUGAGUCACGGAAAGGCACCUGCAUGAUAAACAUGCUUAAAAAAAAUAAUUGUAUCGGCACAAUCUGAUCUUUAAAUAUGAAUGGCUGGCUGUUUUUCCAUCUUCAAAAUAAUUGGUGCACAUUAAGGACGAAUCACUUGCCAUAGACAAAAUGGAUAGAGUUAUCUGACAGCCAAGUGUCUGACACUGCAAGGAGGGGGAAAGCACCCAAAUAAAAAACAAUUACUUUUGAAAUUUGCAGUGUGUCAGAGGAAAAAAAAACAAAACACAAAUUCCAGGUCACAAGCAUCUUUCGAAAAUAUCAGCACCCAGACAGAAAUGCUAUCAUCAAAUUUUACCCUCUGGACAGUAGGAGUUUGACCAUGAAAAUUCAAUGUCAAUCUUAACUGUAUCAGGUGAGUGGUGCUAGAAUUAAACGGAGCAGUAGACCUGCUUUGCUAGUCAUCUUAUGAAACCGUACAGCAGAAUCCAUGUUAAAAAUGCAACAGCCUUUCUAUCCUAGCCACUAGUGGUUUGCUUUGGUGAGCUAAUUAACUGAUUUCUUCUGCUUUUCCAGCUCAUGGUCAUUACCUUAUUGUUGGCCUUGGUGGCAUGUCUGUUUUUUUUAACUGGAGUCAGUGGUCAUCUAUAGUAGUCAUUCUCAAACAGGGGUCUGGGGCAGGUUUCAGGGGGUCCGCCGAGCAUGGCCGGCAUUAGACUCGCUAGGCCCCAGGGCAGAAAGCCAAAGCCCCGCCACACAGGAUUGCAGCCCAGGGCCCCAGACCCCAUCACCUGGGGCUGAAACCAAAGAUUGAACAACUUAGCUUCACAGUACCCCUUGUAGUGUGAGGCCCUGGACAAUUGUCCUGCUUGCUACCCUCUAACACCGGUUCUGGCUUUUAUAUGCAGAAAAAACAUUGUUGUGGAGUUUUUAUAGCAUGUUAGGGGGGGCUCAGAAAGAAAUAGGUUGAGAACCCCACUCUAUACUUCUGUGGCGUGCAGUGGCUUGAAAGAUUACUCAGUGCAGCAGCAUGUAGUGAAAGU